AUGCGAGAUAAACAGAAUGGCAUGAAAUCACAAAAUGACAAAAGUUACUUAGAUUCAUGUUUAGAAGAUAUACAAAAAGUGCAGUUUGGCCCAUUAUUUGAAGAAUCAGGUUAUUUAUCCAUGGUCUCAAGAGGAUUUGGUGUUGAUAUAAACGAAGGCCAAAAUAUUGUUGGAAUGUUGUCUACACCAACGAUUCCAUUGCAACAAAAUGAUGGACAAAAUUUCGCUAGCAUUGUUACAACACUUGGAUUUUUUAUACUUGCAUUUUCAAUGUUGGAAGAUGAUACAUAUAGCGAUAUAGUUUGUUGGGGAGUUAACGGGAAUAGUUUUGUUGUCAAGGAAAUCGACUCCUUUACGAAAACAAUUCUUCCUCGACAUUUCAAACAUUCUAAUUUCGCAAGUUUUGUAAGACAACUUAAUAAAUAUGAUUUUCAUAAAAUUAGGAAUUCUGAUGAAUCAAUUUCUCCAUAUGGUGAACAGGCUUGGGAAUUCCAUCAUCCAGAAUUUCAAUGUAAUAAAAAAGAUCAAUUGGAUAACAUUAAAAGAAAAGUCACCAACAAUAGGAAAAAUCAAAAUUUAAAUAAUAACACUAUAACAGAUGUCUCUUCACAAAACGUUCAACUUUCAGAACUUCAAUCUCGAAUAAAUAAUUUAACCAAAUUGCAAUAUACCAUGAAUGAACAUCUGACAACUUUAAACAAAAAUUAUCAUAACGUUGUUCAAGAUUUAUUAAACUUUCAAAAAAGUAUGAUUGCUCAAGAUCAAUUAAUGCAUAGUUUAAUACAAUAUGUGCGCUAG